AUGAUUGUGUAUCCAAAGCUGAACGUGCAAAGCGCGAGCAAUGCAGGGGAGUACAGUGCAGCAGGCGCUCUCAGCACCGGUUCGGCAUCCUCGGGCGCCCAAUCGCCGAGCAGCCCGCCCCAUGCGCAUGCAUUGCACCAUGCGCACACGCACUCCCACGCCGCGCAGCCGCCGCACGGCGCGCAUCCCGCGCAUGCGCAUCUGCAUACGCAGCAUCCGCAUUCGCCGAGGCUACGCACUAAAGAGGAGGAGGGGCGGGCCAGCGCUGACGGCGGUGGUUCUUCAGAGUCGGAGGGCGAGUGCGGGGCGAGCGGGCGUGCGCGCGCACAAUAUGUCAGCGCCAAUUGCGUCGUUUUUACACACUACUCGGGAGAUGUCGCAAACGUCGUCGACGAGCACUUCGCGAAGGCUCUCUCCAUUGACAAACCCAAAGUAAAAGAUGAAUGCAAUACAAAGAUCACCGACACUGAGACCUUAUCAUCACCUCGAUGGAUCACCAAACGGGGUGAUGCGACAGGAAUUAAGUUCGGGCGAUAG